GGCCUGACCGACGCGUCGUCUGACCCGGCCCCCACGCCGGCCUCCGCCGCGGCCAUGCUUAGGCUAAACCCGCGCCCAGCGACUCGCCAAGCACUACGCGCCAAGCCGCCCCCACCAGCCCCGGCCAACUCCGUUUGGAAGGCUGCCCUGGCGGCGCCCCCCACGGACCAGGGGUUCUACUUGCGGCUGGGCCUCGACCCCGCCAAGACGAUGGCGGUCUUCAACCCGGCCCUCCGGAAGAUCGAACGCAUCCUCGAGGGCCGGUCCCGGACCCGCACUCGCGAGGCCUACGUGGAGUCCCUCACCAAGAUCGCCCGCCAGAUGUCGACGACGAACGCCAUGCCGCACUCCGAAAAGCCCAAGGUCGAGCGCGCGCUCCAGGCAAUCCUCAACUGCACCUUCACGAACCACGCGCUCCCGAGGGUGGACCUCCGCAAGGCGGAGUCCAGCGCGCGCUCCACGCGCGGGUCGCGGAGCAGGCGCCGGCGCUGGAAGUCGCCGCGCCAGGGCCCCGGGUCGCCGCGGCCCCCCAGGGACGAGGCCCCGCGCUCGAGGCCCCCGGGCGGCCGCGGCCGCGACGACCCGGCGCCUCCCCGCUCGGCGCGCGCCCCCAGCGCGCUCGCGAGCAACGCGGCCGCGACGGGAGCGACGGCCCCGCCCGUCAACUCAGGGACCGCCCCCCCGCUGGCGCCAGGCACCGCCGCCAACGCCGGCGGCGAACCCUCGCAGACCCAGACCCGGGCUCGCAAGACCUUGCCCUGCCCUGCGCCGAAGCCAGCCCAAGCGCAGCCGCCCCGCCCCCCCGCAACAGCGGCCGCCCCAGAGCCGCACCCAGAGCACCUGGAGCGCUCGUGCCCGGCCACCCCGCCCGUCGACGCCGAGCCGCGCUUGACACUCGCCGCAGAGGCCACCCAGGCGGGCACCGCCGUCGAGCGAGCGCCGCCCUCGACGUCUGCUUCCGCCGCUGCGCCCCCAGCCGCCAGCGCCGCGCUGAUGCCGACGCCGGCCGCCCAGCACCCCGGCGGGGCCGCGCUGCCCCCAGAGGAGGCAGCGCAGGCCUACUUCCAGACGGGAGCCCUCCCGCCAUCGGGGCCCGCAGAUGCCGGGGCAAGCUUCAGGCAGCUUCAGCCGCCCAAAGACCCCGCCGCCAUCUUUGCAGACCAGGCCCGCCCAGAGUGGCAGUCCGCCGCCCCGCCUACAACAUCGCACUUCGAGUUCGCCGCGGUCAGCGGCGACCCGAAAGAACAGCUGCGGGAACUCCACUUGAGGCUCGCCUUCGCAGGGAUCUCCACGAAGGAGGCGCACGGCAACACGGAGUGGGCCAACUACGUCAACGCAUAUGGAGGCCACGGCACCGAUUGGGCCCCAGCGAUCCGGACCACGCUCGGAGCCACCAUCAACUGGCACCGCAGCACAGAUGGCCGCCUCCGAGUUGACGGUGGAGCCCCGGCGGUCGAGGCAUUCCACAACCGCCUCCACAGAGCGUUCCAAGUGCGCGUCCUGGGGAACUCGGCCCACGGCCGCCGCGCGGGUAAGCAGGCGAACCAGGCGAGAGUCCAGCAAGGCCGCGUGACGGAACAGGAGGCGCUGCGCAGGGCCCGCCAUGCCCGCCUGUCGGGCAAGGUCCUCGUGGUCAGCGACCGCGUCCUGCUCCGCGCGGACGACAAGGCAGUGGGCGGGCCGCCGGGCACAUGGGACCUCUUCCACGAGCACUACGGGGCCCGGAACGCACCCGUGCACCACGUCAUGCCGUGGGCGAUCUUCCUCCGCACGGGCGUCACCGUCGCAGUCACGCGCGACGGCCGCGCGCGCUGCCUGGCGGGCAAAGCCACGGUCGAGGCCGUCGAGGCGGUGGAAGACACGCUGCGCACCCGCGCGGGGGCGGCCUGGACAGACGAGGCCCAGUUCGCCCGGGCGCCACCGGAGGUCCAGGCCCUACGCCACUGGGCCGCAGGCGUGUCCGCCGAUGUCCCGAAGCUCCUCGCAGAGCGCCGAUUGGACGAAGACUGGGCCUCCACGCAGAUGCCGGGGCUGGCGGCGGCGGCGCGGGUGCUUGCGGCGCGCCUCGCCGAAUCGUCGCGCCAGGUUCAGCAGCUCGCGGCCGCCCGCCCAGGCGUCAGCGCGGGCCUCUCGGGAGGGGCCAACCCGAAGGGGACCUUGCUCGCGCUCGACCGCUGGCGUGACCUGGGGCUCCUCAUGUCCAGCCACGGCGUCGACAUCUUCGUGAGCACAGCUUGCCGGCUGCUCCCAGGGGCGGACCUCGCCCGAGACCUCCCAGAGUUCCCGUUUGAGCACAUAGGCCCGCGGACCUCCGACUACGACGCCGUUUGCGGAUUUCGUGCGAUGGGCUCGACGACUACGGUCCAGUGGAUGACAGACUGGUCGAGGACCUCGCGCGCGGCGUGGUUCCGCGUGGGGCCCUACGCCAUCGUGGGCGGGUUCGUCAUUCCGCCGUCGGGGCCGGCCGCCCCCGAAAACGAGCGCCUGGAGCUUCUCGCAGAGAUCUUCGCCCAGUACGACCGCGUGCUCCAGAACGCCCCAGACGAGACGGCCGUCUGGGCCCACGGGGUCCUCAACCCCUCGGAGGCGCUGGAGACGGCUUGCCGCGACAAUAUCCGACAGCAGCACCACCUUCUCCGAGAUCUCGUCCCACGCGAGGUUCCCACGCACUCUGGAGGCCGCAAGCUGGAGGUGGCAUGGUCGGCUGGCCCAGGAUACCGGGGCGCCGUGGUCCAUAACGGAGUCCACUGCAAAGCAGCCGGGCCCACCCGCGCCCAAUGCGGUUGCCACCGCGAGACGUUCGGCAGCGCAGACCUUGACCACUACCCAGUCACGUUCGCCAGCUGCCCCGGGCACCAGAGCACGGCCGCCCGGCCCAUGGACGCGCCCCGGCAGCUGUGGCUGCUCGUGCUCGACAACUUCUCCAGCCUCGCGUCUACGGAGACCCAGCGUUGGACGCGCCACCGCGCCAGCUGGCGCUCAAAAAGCGAGUCGGAGCUCGAGCUCGCGGCGUCGGCUACCUCAUGGCUGUGGCGAGCCUCCACCUUCCUCGCAGCUGUCCACGGGCAGCUUCUUAGGGUGGCACCGCUUCCCGAGCCAGGCAGCCAAGCCACUGCGCCGCUGAGCCUCACGUGGGACUUCGCCUCCGGCAUGCGGACGCGGGCGAUGGGCCACAUGCGGGCUUCCGCUCAGCGCCGGGCAGCCCGCCACGAUGAACUCCCGGCGACAGACCCGGCAGCAGCAGACGCAUACCUCAGUAGGCUGCUCCGCGAGCGCGGCGCGGGGCUCCCCGACGUGGUGCAGAGCCCGACGGAGCCCGCCACCAUGAUCCACGGCGACGAGGUCCUCAUCGGGGCCGCAGAAUACAUCGCGAACCGCGGCCACGACCGAGUCCAGCGGCUGGGGCUGAACGCUGAGGAGCUCUGGGCGACGGCUGCCCAGUGCGAUGCAGUCCUCCGAGACAACCGACGGUCAUGGCGGGAGCUGCGGGACAUCGACCACCGGGAAUACACCGCGGAGCAGCUCCAAGACGUCACCGACAAGGUCAAGACCCGCCGCGCCAGCGCGGGACUCCCGUACGCAAGCGUCAAGCUGCUCGCCCCGGCGCACGCCACCUUCCUCCUGGCAGUGCAGAACAUGGCCCGAUUUCUGAGGGUCAUCCCCCGCAUGUGGAAGCUGCAACCCACGCUCCACAAGCGCAAGCCUCGAAAGUCGCCCGAGCUGUACCCCAGCUACAGAACGUUGAGCAUCAACACGCUGGAGCUACGAAUAGCCGAAGAGCUUCGGGCCCUCGGGGCGGAGGAGGCCGCGUGGCUCGGGGCGGGGGGGGACCAGCUUGGCAGGGGGGACGCGCUUGUCGCAGCAAACGUCGCCAUAGACGCGCGCAUUAUCAGGCAGAGCCACAACCCCCCCUACGGAGAGUACUUCAUGGACCUCGCGGGUGCCUUCGACACCGCCUACCCCCCUGCGGUUAUUCUCGACCUCCACGACACGGCCAGCGUGGAGGGAGAGGACCUAGCGAUGGCUGCAGCCAUGAUCCACGACUCCUCCGUCAGCGUCACCUCUGGCCACGUCGCCGCAGCGCCACAGCCCCUCACUACAGGCAUGCCGGAGGGGAGGCGGCUCGCGCCGGCCUUCUGCGCGCGCUCAGCCAGGCGCUUCUCGGUCGCCACAGCGGCGGCCCACCUGGGCGUGGGUCUCGACCCGCCGGAGGAGGCCGCGCGCGCGUUCCACUGGAGCCGCCGCGGCACGGGCGACGCGACCGAACCCGACCGCGCGGCGGCCGAGGAGGUCAUGACCGAGACCACCUCCGACCCCGACAGGCUCUGGAUCCUCGACGCCGCGGCCCCCGCGAAGAUCGGCCUCGCGCAGUUUAUAGAUGACAAUGCCCUGCGAUCCUCUUCAUGGGGCGCCCAGGCCGCGGGCGCGCGGGCGCUGCAGGCUGCGGCGGGCAGCUUGCGAGCAGAAAUCCGCUACGGGCCGGGCAAGACAGAGCGCUUGGCGGAGGGCUUCCACACCCGCCUCCCGCACGCCGGCGCGCAGCACGUCGACGAGCACACGCACGUCGGCGUCCCGAUCGACGAAGGAGCGCGCAUGACGGCUCUCAUGCAGCACGUCGAGCACGCCGCAACGCGAGGCUGGAUGAUCAUCCUCGCAGCCCUGGAGCUCCUCGGGCUGCCCAUGACGGUGGCCCUCCGCGCGCUGGACGCCAGAGUCCGACCGCAGGCUUGCUGGACGGCGCACCUCCUCAUCGCCCGCCACGACUGGGAGGCGCGGUUAAAUGCCGCCCAGGACCGGUGGGCCAUUCGCCUCUUGGACAUCGACACGCCCAUGCCGAGGAUGCUCCUCCUCCGGGAGCUCGGCUUCCCGCGGCGCCUCUCCACGCAGACCCUCCGGGCGGCGGCGGCGCUCGCGGCCAGGAUCGAGUCCACCGCGCCGGGGUCCCAGCCCAGCCGGGUGGCGCUG